UUUCUUAUUGCAACUUCAAAAAUCCCUCUCCGACUCCCCCGAUCUCUGUCUGUCGAUAAAAUUUCUUCGUAGAUUCUAAUCCUUUUACCAAAAAUCCCAAAAACACCAACCCGGUGACCCGAAAUGGCAGCGUAUAGAGCAGAUGAGGACUACGAUUAUCUGUUCAAGCUAGUACUGAUUGGAGAUUCGGGUGUGGGGAAAUCGAAUUUGCUGUCGAGGUUUGCGAGAAACGAGUUCAACCUCGAGUCAAAAUCCACGAUAGGAGUAGAAUUUGCAACACGAAGCAUUCGGGUCGACGAUAAGGUCAUCAAGGCACAGAUUUGGGACACUGCUGGACAAGAAAGAUAUCGAGCGAUUACAAGUGCAUACUACCGGGGAGCCGUUGGUGCGUUGCUUGUCUAUGAUGUCACUCGACACAUCACAUUCGAGAAUGUCGAUAGAUGGUUGAAGGAACUACGAAACCACACGGACCCCAAUAUCGUGAUUAUGCUUGUAGGUAACAAGGCAGACCUACGGCACCUGCGUGCUGUUUCCACAGAGGACGCCAAAGCGUUUGCCGAGAAAGAAAACACCUACUUUAUGGAGACAUCGGCCCUCGAGUCCCUGAACGUAGAGAAUGCAUUCACCGAAGUGUUGACUCAAAUCUACCAUGUCGUAAGCCGAAAGGCGCUUGAAGUAGGGGAUGAUCCUGCAGCAUUGCCUAAGGGACAAACCGUCAAUGUAGGCCCAAAAGAUGACGUUUCUGCCAUCAAGAAACUUGGCUGCUGUUCUGAUUAAUUGGUAUAUGAUGUUGAGUUUCCUCAAAUCUCCAUAUCAUUAAACAAAAAACUUUCCUCGUCGUACUAUCAUCCUUUAUCUUCCCCCAGUUUUGAGAUUGAAGUCGAAAGAAAAAACAGGGUUACCUAAAUUUCCUUGAUUUGA